AGCGUGGUGAAGAUGGCGGAGGAAAAGUCGAAGCCGAGUGAUCUUUACAAAUGCGUAUAUUCGUUUCUGCUAGAGAACAAGUUUACGAAGGCGGCUCAGCAGUUUAUGAAACAGACUAAAGUGACUCAACAAGAUCAAAAUGACGAGAGCCUGGUCAACAUCUACAACUUCUGGGUGAAAUCGCCUGAAGCCAAGAAACGAAAGGCUCCUCCUAACAAGGGUAAAGCUACCAAUGGCCCCUCAGCAAAGAAAGCAAAAACCAGUGCGGAGAGCUCCAGCAGCGAAGAGUCAAGCAGCGAGGAUGAAAAGGCCGUGGCCAAAACAACCAAGGAAGCCCCUGCAGUAGCCACAGCUGUGCCUGCUAAAGCUACAGCAGCCGGUAAAGCUGCGUCAAGCAGCAGUGAAGACUCCAGUGACUCUGAAGAGAAGAAGGCUCCUGCAAAGACACCUGCACAAGCUCCUGUGAAGCCGCCUGCAGCAGUAAGGAAGAAAGACGUCAGCUCUAGCAGUGAAGAAUCUGAUUCUGAGGAUGAGCCACCUGCCAAAGCCCCAACACCAAAACCCAAGGCUGGUAGUGUCACAGCAUCCAAACCAACUCUUCCUGCUAAAGUUGCACCUCAAAAGAAGCAGGCGAGCAGCAGUGAUGAUAGUUCCUCAGAUUUUGAAGAUGAAAAACCAGCCAAGGCUCCAGCUAAACCUGCCCCGGUAAAGGCUGCUGCUGCUGCAUCGAGCAGUGAAGACUCUUCAUCUGAAGACGAGGCUCCGCCCAGCAAAAAAACUAAACCAGGAGGAUACAGUGCAGUCCCACAUCCUGCUUCAGCCCAGAAGGCACCGGCCAAAGUCACCCCCGCUAAAGCUGUCCCAGUCAAACUCGCCGUUGCUAAAGAGUCCUCCUCCGAGGAUUCCAGUUCAGAGGAGGAGACGGCAAAAAAGCCUGCAGCUAAACCUGCACCAACCAAGACUACCCCAGCUAAGAAAGACGAGUCCUCAAGCUCAGAAAGCAGCUCUGAAGAUGAGGCUCCAGCGAAACCUGCCGCUAAAUCUGCAGCCACGCUGAAGCCUGCUGCUCCACAGCCCCUAAAAAAGGCAGCAGAGAGCAGCUCUGAUUCAGAGGACUCUGAGGAUGAACCGGUGAAGGUCAAGCCAGCAGCUACACCUGCAGCAAAGCCUGCUACACCUGCAGCAAAGCCUGCUGUUGAUGCAGAGAGCAGCUCAGACUCUGACUCAUCUGAAGACGAAGCAGCAGCUAAGCCUAAACCUGUAGCUAAGCCUGCUACGCCUAAGUCUGCAGCUAAGCCUGUAUCAAAGCCUGCUACUGCAGCAGAGAGCAGUUCAGACUCUGACUCAUCUGAAGACAAAGCAACAGCAGUAAAGGCUAAGCCUGCAGCUAAGCCUGCAGCUAAGCCUGCAGCUAAGCCUGCAGCAGCAGAAAGUAGCUCAGACUCAGAUUCUUCUUCUGAAGAUGAAGCAGCAGUCAAGGCUAAACCUGGUAAGCCUGCAUCAAAGCCUGCUACACCUGCAGCAAAGCCUGCUGUUGCAGCAGAGAGCAGCUCAGACUCCGACUCAUCUGAAGAUGAAGCAGCAGCAGUCAAGGCUAAACCUGCUGUAGCUAAGCCUGCGACGCCGAAGCCUGCUACCUCUAAGCCUGCAGCAAAGCCUGCUACUCCAGCAGCAAAGCCUGCGGAUAGCAGCUCAGACUCUGAUUCUUCUUCUGAAGAUGAAGCAGCAGUCAAGGCUAAACCUGCUACUCCUGCAGCUAAGCCUGCUAUACCCAAGUCUGCAGCUAAGCCUGCUGCUGCUGCUGCUGCAGAGAGCAGCUCAGACUCCUCUUCUGAAGAUGAAGCCGCAGUCAAGGCUAAACCUGGUAAGCCUGCAUCAAAGCCUGCAUCAAAGCCUGCUACUCCUGCAGCUAAACCUGCUACCCCUGCAUCAAAGCCUGCUGCUGCAGCAGAGAGCAGCUCAGACUCUGACUCAUCUGAAGAUGAAGCAGCAGUCAAGGCUAAACCUGCUGUAGCUAAGCCUGCUACGCCUAAGCCGGCAUCAAAGCCUGCUACUCCUGCAGCUAAACCUGCUGUUGCAGCAGAGAGCAGCUCAGACUCCGACUCAUCUGAAGAUGAAGCAGCAGCAGUCAAGGUUAAACCUGCUGUAGCCACUCCUGCAUCAAAGCCUGCUACUCCUGCAGUAAAGCCUGCAGAUAGCAGCUCAGACUCUGAUUCUUCUUCUGAAGAUGAAGCAGCAGUCAAGGCUAAACCUGCUACUCCUGCAGCUAAGCCUGCUACACCCAAGUCUGCAGCUAAGCCUGCUGCUGCAGCAGAGAGCAGCUCAGACUCUGACUCCUCUGAAGAUGAAGCAGCAGUCAAGGCUAAGGCUGUAGCUGCUAAACCUGCUACACCCAAGUCUGCAGCUAAGCCUGCUACACCCAAGUCUGCAGCUAAGCAUGCUACACCCAAGUCUGCAGCUAAGCAUGCUACACCCAAGUCUGCAGCUAAGCCUGCUGCUGCAGCAGAGAGCAGCUCAGACUCUGACUCAUCUGAAGAUGAAGCAGCAGUCAAGGCUAAGGCUGUAGCUGCUAAACCUGCUACACCCAAGUCUGCAGCUAAGCAUGCUACACCCAAGUCUGCAGCUAAGCAUGCUACACCCAAGUCUGCAGCUAAGCAUGCUGCACCCAAGUCUGCAGCUAAGCAUGCUGCUGCAGCAGAGAGCAGCUCAGACUCUGACUCAUCUGAAGAUGAAGCAGCAGUCAAGGCUAAGGCUGUAGCUGCUAAACCUGCUACACCCAAGUCUGCAGCUAAGCCUGCUGCUGCAGCAGCAGAAAGCAGCUCUGACUCUGAUUCCUCUUCUGAAGACGAAGCAGCAGUCAAGUCGAAGCCUGCAUCAAAGCCUGCUGCUGCAGCAGAGAGCAGCUCAGACUCGGAGGACGAGGAAGUACCAGCGAAAGCCAAGCCAGCAGCUAAAUCUGCUACCCCGGUCAAAAAGCCUGCGGCUAAGCCCGGAGCAGCAGAUAGCAGUUCUGACUCUGACAGCUCAGACUCUGAGAACGAGGUCGCCAAACCUGCAGUGAAGAAAGGAGCAGCAGCGGCCCCUGCUGGCACGCCCAAAGCCACAAAGGCAGCUCCAACAAAGAAGGCUGGGGAUAGCAGCUCAGACAGCUCUGAUUCAGAGACUGAGACCAAGGCCACCCCUGCUAAGCCUGCAGUCACCAAUGGAAAGGUGGUAACACCGAUGGCAGCAUCACCCAAGACCCCAACAAAUCCAGCAGAGUCCUCAUCCAGUGACAGCAGCUCUGACGAAGAAGUGGCCAGUAAAAAUACUGUAAAACCCGGUACACCUGCUUCUAAACCUCAGGAGAGCAGCAGCAGCUCCUCAGAUGAGGAGGAAGCACCAAAAAAGGCAGCCACGGCACCCUCCACCCCCGCAACAAAUAGUACCAAUGGAAAGAGUAAAAGAGAUGAAGAAUCACCAGAAAGUGAAGAGGAAGAGACGGAAGUCAAGACACCGAAAACCAAGAAGACGACCACCACACCACAAACGUUUCCUAAAGCCCAUAAGAAGACCUCCAACGUACCAUUCCGUAGAAUAAGGGAAGAAGAAGUAGCAGUGGAUCCCCGUCUGCAGGACAACUCUUUUGACGCCAAGUUUGGAUCCAGAGGCGACUGGGGCCAGAAAGCUAACGAUGCGCUCAGGUUUACAAAAGGAAAGUCAUUCCGCCAAGAAAAGAUAAAGAAGAAGAAGGGAAGCUACUGCGGUGGCGCCAUCUCCACAACAAUCAACUCUAUUAAGUUUGACAGUGAUUAAGGACCGUCUUAAUUUGGUCCCUCCCACCUGAACGUUGCUGUACCUGAGAUCAAGACUAUCCAUAGUUGUCUGCGUCGUCCAUCAUCACUGUCCAGCAGCACACUCGCAGGGAUGUGAAUCGCUGAGCUGGCACUUUGGUUUGAGUUUGGUUUGCUGCCCGUAGUUCAUCAUGGAGGGCGUUGGUGUGUUUCUCUGACCUGGAGCAACAGUUAGUGAAACUUUGGCUGCAAGAGAAGUGUCCCAACUGAUUAUAAACUACUGCUAAAGGUUGGCAUGCAUGUGACAUUACCACUUAUAGCCACUAGGUGGCUGCAGGCCACCUGAUAAUGGAAAAAAGAACGUGUGUAUGUUGGGGCGCUUUUUUUAAUCGUAUUUGUUGCAUCCCGUGACAUUGUUAGGCUACUAUAUUCUCGUUCGUCUGUGUUAAUGACGCAUGCAUCCCACCGGGUUCUUUGUGAUGGUGUGUUAGGGAAAUGCUGGUAUUGAUUUUUAAUGGAUAACAGGAUUUCAACAAGUUGUUUGGUUUGUCAACUUUUAUUUGGCCACAUUUGAGUGGAGAGGACUCGGCGCUGUUUUUUUCCCCAUCUUUACAUUACACAAACAUUUGUAGUAGAACUGAAUUUUAUACUAUGUAUUAAGUUGUAUUCCAUUUAAUUGUACCUCAGGAGGUAUUUUUCAUCCUAUUCUAAACCCUUUUACUUUGAAAUGAUUUCUUCUGAUAAGAUAUUUCUGUACUUCAGUGGUAUCAAAUGUAUAACUCACCAACGCAACGGAGCACUGUGUCUUUCAAUUCAAAGUUCCUGUAUGAAGAUUUGUUCAUGAACCUUUUAUUAAUUCUUGUAGCUGUAAUUAAAACCUAAACGCUUA